ACCGCCGCAGCUUGUCGUCAGAGAAUCAACAUCUCCAUCCAUCCAAACCCACAUCUGCAUCCAACCCCCGCCAUCUAAACCCUCCAUCCCUCCGCUAUCGCUCGCCAUCACCAGGACCACUCCCGAUAAACCCUACCAGAUUUUGCACACCACCCCGCCAAAACCCUCCUACAACACCCCGCAACCGAAAAGAUGGCGUCUCUUGAAGACCUCGAAGACCUCGAGAACGAGCAGCACGACCGCAAGAAAGAUGAUGAUGAUAAGAAGAAGAAGGAGGGUGGAGAUGGCGACAACAAGAUGGAAGUCGAUGACGAGCCCAAAAAGGACGACGAGGACGACAUCGAUCCCGAUGUUCUGAGCGCCUCCACCAACGACAUCAUCAACCGGCGGCGAUUACUGGAGAACGACCUGCGUGUGAUGCGACAAGAGUUUCAGCGCCUCACCCACGAGAAGUCGAGCAUGAAAGAUAAGAUUAAAGAUAACCUUGAGAAGAUCGAGAACAACCGGCAGCUACCAUACCUCGUUGCCAACGUUGUCGAGUUGCUAGACUUGGACCCCACCGCCGAGGAAGCAGAGGAUGGAGCCAAUGUCGAUUUGGAUGCUACGCGGUCCGGAAAGUCUGCCGUCAUCAAGACUUCGACCCGGCAAACAAUCUUCUUGCCCUUGAUCGGUCUCGUCGAUGCGGACAAGUUGAAGCCGUCGGAUUUGAUCGGUGUCAAUAAGGACAGUUACCUUGUGUUGGAUACGCUACCGGCGGAGUACGAUUCCCGUGUCAAGGCUAUGGAGGUCGAUGAGAAGCCGACGGAAACGUAUGCGGAUAUCGGUGGUCUGGACAAGCAGAUUGAGGAGCUCGUGGAAGCUGUCGUUAUGCCGAUGAAGCAAGCCGACAUGUUCAAGAAGAUUGGCAUCAAGGCCCCCAAGGGUGCACUGAUGUAUGGCCCUCCCGGAACAGGAAAGACACUGCUCGCUCGUGCUUGCGCCGCCCAGACCAACGCCACUUUCCUGAAGCUCGCCGGCCCACAGCUCGUUCAGAUGUUCAUUGGAGAUGGAGCCAAGCUUGUUCGCGAUGCCUUCGCGCUGGCCAAGGAGAAGGCACCGGCGAUCAUCUUCAUCGAUGAGUUGGACGCUGUGGGUACCAAGCGUUUCGAUUCCGAGAAGUCUGGAGAUCGUGAGGUGCAGCGAACCAUGUUGGAGCUUCUCAACCAGCUCGACGGAUUCUCGUCCGACGACCGGGUCAAGGUCCUCGCGGCCACCAACAGAGUCGACGUUCUUGAUCCUGCGCUUCUGCGAAGUGGUCGGUUGGACAGGAAGAUUGAGUUCCCGCUGCCGAACGAGGAGGCACGUGCAGGUAUCCUCAAGAUUCACAGCAGGAAGAUGACGGUGGAGGAGGAUGUGAAUUGGAUGGAGCUCGCGAGGAGUACGGAUGAGUUUGGUGGUGCCCAGCUCAAGGCCGUGUGUGUGGAGGCGGGCAUGAUUGCGCUAAGAAGCGGCAAGACGAAGGUGGGGCACGAGCAUUAUGUCGAUGCAAUCUCGGAAGUCCAGGCGAAGAAGAAGGAUACGGUCAACUUUUACGCAUAGAAGUUGUGUCCGUAUAAUUGUUGGUUUCUUGCUGUGGGGAAUAAUAGCCGUUUACAUGUCCUUUGCUACUGUUUGAGGUGAUGGACGGAUGGAUGCGUGUUUGCAAUAGAGAAUCGUGAAGAGCAGUGAGCUGUAGUAGAUAACCACGGACUCGUGUUUACUUUUACUAU